AUGGCAACACUCCAGCCGUCUUUAACGAUCGAAAAAGAGGCCGAAUCAGAAACACAGAGCGCCAGCAGCAAAACCAAAACAGAAAUAACGGCAGCAACGCCUCAAACGACGGGAGUAAACGUGCCUCCUCCUCCAAACGGAGGUACAAGAGCAUGGCUUCAAGUCCUCGGCGCGUUUUUCCUCAACUUCAACACCUGGGGUCUUUUAAAAAACACUUUCGGAUUGUUCCAGUCCGAAUACAGCGCAGGUCUGCUGAGGAACUCAUCGCAGUCCUCAAUUGCCUGGAUUGGUUCGUUGCAGUCAUUUCUGAUGCUGGUGGUUGGAAUCCUGUGCGGACGUGCCCUUGAUGCAGGUUAUUUUUACGUGGAUAUAGUCCUAGGUGUUUUCCUCGAGGUGUUUGGCAUGAUGAUGGUGUCAAUUUGCAAGGAGUACUGGCAGUUGGUUUUGGCACAGGGCUUGGUUGUUGGCAUUGGUACCGGAAUGACCUUCAUCCCAAGCGUUGCGAUUGUCGGCACGUACUUUUCAACACAUCGAUCGACCGCGUUAGGCCUAGCAGCAACUGGUUCGAGCGUCGGAGGUAUCAUAUACCCAAUCGUAUUGAGACGUCUUAUUGUCCAGAUUGGAUUUCCGUGGGCGGUUCGAACUAUGGCUUUUAUCAUGCUAGGAACUCUUCUCGUGUCGAUUGUGGAGAUGAAACCUCGCCUCCCUCCUCGAAAAUCGGGGCCGCUGGUCAAUACCGAAGUUCUCAGGGAUCCUAUAUUUGUUAUUUGGUUGAUCGUAGUAUUCUUCAUUUUCAUCGGUCUCUACAUCCCGUUCUACUAUGUGGAACAAUAUGCACUCAACCUCGGUAUCUCAACAGACUUAUCCUUCUAUAUGUUGGUCAUUAUGAACGCGGGCUCAGUCCCAGGUCGAAUCUUACCGUCCAUCAUCGCCGACAAAAUUGGCAACCUCUCGGUCAUGAUCCCGGUACAAAUAUCGGAAUGA